UACUCCUACUGCCGCCAAAUACAAUGAAUUGGUUAAGGGCAAGCUGCUGCAAAACAUUUUGCUGAGUGACUAGACUGAGAGACGAUAUUAUACAUAUGAUAUGAAGCGCAACUUGCUCCGCACAAGGAUUUCCUAGACAUACGCUGCGCUUUAUAAAUGCGAGAUAUAACUAAAGAAUAAAAUACUGCCUGAUUUAUGACAUAUAUAUUCUUUUCGACGUGACAUCAGACAAAUCAAACGUCCACUUAGGGUGAUUUUAAGCUGUUAAUCCUUCAGUUAAUUAAUCUUUGCUGCUCGAAGACUGAGAUCAGAAAUCUCGAAUAUAGUAAUAGUAGUAAUGUCGACACCUGGCAACAGUAAUAUGGGGAACGAUAGCAGCGCAGGGAGCAGUGGUGGUGGCUUAGGCGAUGGUAGCAAAAUUAAUAAGCAUCACCAACCUACGAAUGUGUUGCAAAGAAUGAGCGGGAUAUUAGAAGAUAAAAGUAACGAUUAUAUGUGUCCAAUUUGCUUCGAUCUUAUCGAUACGGCUUACAUCACGCGUUGCGGACAUACUUUUUGUCACCAUUGUAUCGUAAAGUGCUUAGAGAUUAAGGAUCGUUGUCCGAAAUGCAGUUUUACAUUGAACGAGAAGGACAUCUUCCCAAACUUUCUUCUGGACGAGCUAGUUUCCAAAUAUAAGACGAGAACUAAGGGUCUCGCCCAGCUAGGUUCUUACACGGAGAAUGGUAGACACAGAACAGGUAACGAUUUAUCAGUACCGGCGUCCGAUGGAUUAAGAAGCAUUGUUGCGGCGGAAAGCGCCAAUCUUACUCUACCGGAUGUAAAUGUGAUGCUAGAGGUGCUGACUCAACGAAAGCAUUUGCUCGAAGCUGAAACUUGUACGGCGCAAAACAAACUUUUGCACGAAUUCCUGAAACAUCUGUUGCAACAGAAGGAAGAACAAAGGAAUCAGUUGCAGAAGGAAGUGGUACUGAUCAAGAAAGACAUGGAAGAAGUGGAGAAUAUUCUAAAGGACGUUCAGAGCAAGUGCCCGCGGGUGGAAGACGUGAAAAAGGCGAGUGAGAACGACACAGCGCAGGUUUCCGCCAUCAGACGGGAGAUGCUCGGCCUUAUAGAUAUAAUAGACUCGAAUAUGGUGAAACCCAGUGACAAAACGAUCGGUCCUGAUAACUUGAUCAAUCCGAACGUCAGCCAGCCCAGCGGAUCUACCCUAGCUAUACGCAGGAAGAGACUGCACGCUCACUUCGACGACUUUGUUCAAUGUUACUUCGAUUCUCGCGGCAAGGAGCUUCUCUUGGGUCAGAAAUCACAAUCGCAGAGCGAAGCGCAACAACAUGGUGGCGUCCAUAGCACCUGUUCCGGUCUAGACAUCUUUCGUGAGAAUCUAGUCAAGUUCUCGAGAUACAAUUCCUUGCGCCCAUUGGCGACUCUGAAUUACUCGUCGGACCUCUUCAAUAAUUCCACAAUUGUUUCCAGUAUCGAAUUCGACAAGGACAAUGAAUUCUUUGCGAUCGCCGGGGUGACAAAACGUAUAAAGGUAUUCGAUUACGGUGCCGUUAUACGCGACACCGUCGAUAUUCAUUAUCCCUGCAUCGAGAUGGUCUCCAGUUCGAAAAUCUCGUGCGUCUCCUGGAACUCUUUCCACAAGGGUAUGCUCGCGUCAUCGGACUACGAGGGUACCGUGACAGUGUGGGACGCGACGACCGGUCAGAGGACGAAGACGUUUCAGGAGCACGAGAAGAGAUGUUGGUCCGUCGACUUCAACGACGUGGAUACGCGUUUGAUCGCGUCCGGCUCCGACGACGCGCGGGUGAAAUUAUGGGCAUUGAACACCGAUUAUUCCGUGGCGUCGUUGGAGGCAAAGGCGAACGUAUGCUGCGUGAAAUUCAAUCCACGUAGCUCCUGUCACCUGGCGUUCGGUUCCGCGGAUCACUGCGUACAUUAUUACGAUCUGCGUAACAUGAAGGAGGCGUUAUGCAUAUUCAAGGGUCACCGCAAGGCCGUCUCCUACGUUAAAUUCAUCAACAAGGAGGAAAUUGUCUCAGCUAGCACGGAUUCGCAGUUGAAGAUGUGGAACAUAAAUAAUCCGCUUUGUCUACGCUCGUUCGUGGGUCACGUGAACGAGAAGAACUUUGUCGGACUCGCCACUGACGGCGAUUACGUUGCCUGCGGGUCGGAAAAUAAUGCAUUAUACGUAUACUACAAAGGACUAACGAAACAGUUGUUCUCGUACAAAUUCGACGCCGUUCGAAGCAUACUGGAGCUGCAAGACAGAAGAGAGGAAGAUUUGAAUGAGUUCGUGUCCGCGGUAUGUUGGAGACAAAUGUCCAAUGUCGUAGUAGCCGCUAAUUCUCAAGGAAUUAUCAAAAUAUUAGAGUUGAUUUAAAAACAAUUAAAAAUUUAACGAACAGAGAAUAAUUAGUUUACUCGAAUGAUUAGCAAAUUGUGAAUAACAACGAGAAAUGACGAGGAAUUAUUCUAAAUAGCAUAAAUAACUUAUUGUUAUAAACACGACGUGUAGAGAAAAUUUUUAACAUAACGGAAUUUAAAUAUUAAUAUUGAAUAUUGAAUUAAAUAUUGAAUAUUAGUAUUAAACGUGCAUUAUCGGCGAAUCUAACUAAUUUGUGAAAAAGGAAAAUCUCCAAUUGAUCCAUGCUCAAUAUUAACGAGGAGAGCACAAGUAUUUUCUCUGGAUUGUACAUUGUGUGUAUAAGUGUAAUUAGGGAAAUUGAUAUUGUUAAUUAUUACGCGCAUUUUCGUAUAUAUAUCUUGUGACUCUAUUUUCUAAUCAAUAUAAUUUAGGUACGUAUAAUUCUAUAAAUGUGUACAGACUGAAUUGUAAUGAUAAAAGUUUUGCAUUGUUAUAACAACGAACAUGUUACUGAAACAUGUUUGCACACACAUACGAUCAUUUACAAAAUUAAAAUAAUUAUACAUCUUUCAUAAUUUUAUAUUAAGUUACCGAUACUUAACAUUCGCCGGGAAUAUAUCAUAGUUGCACGCUUAUUAAACUGUAUAUUCUAUGAAGACGAUAUAUAU